UUCUUCCCGACGCUCGGCACACCUUCUAUCACCGAAAGGGUCAUUCAACGACAUCGUAGAGCCUCCCCGCUUGCUGUGUGACCCAGAUGAGCUGAGCGACCCAUUUGUAGUAUUGUGGCUGCGGUCCUAAAUGCAGCGAACGCAUGGCACUUGCAGCACAGGUCAUAAAGUAUAAAUGUCGACGACACCCAAUCUUAUACUCACAACUCACCACUCAAGCAUACCAUUGCAUCGAGACCCCCAACUCUCGCGCUGGUUCUAACCUGCCGUGCUACCGGGACACUUACAACUCAGCUCUAGACGUAACCAAACAACAGCACCAUGUCCUUCGACACCGAGGUCCUCAUAAUCGGCGCCGGCAUGUCCGGUCUCGGACUCGCCGUCCAAAUCGUGCGAAACUUCGGCAUCAAAAACUUCGAGCUGGUGGAGAAAUCAAACGACGUCGGCGGCACAUGGCUCGCCAACACCUACCCCGGCUGUGGGUGUGAUGUCGCAUCCCACUUCUACUCAUACAGCUUCGCGCUGAACCCGGACUGGAGCAGAAAGUACAGCAUGCGCGAGGAGAUUCAGCAGUACUUUAGAAAUGUGAGCGAUCGAUUUGGGGUCACGGAACGAGUGAGGUUUCAUUCGGUGGUGGAGAGCGCCCGGUGGGACGAGGCAGCCAAGGUGUGGAUCGUGAACGUUUUGGAUCUGCAGACAAAAGAUAGGGUGGUUAGGAGGGCGAAGGUGCUCAUCAGUGGAGUGGGGAGCUUGAGUGUGCCCAAGGAGUGUGAUCUUCCCGGCAAAGAGGAGUUUAAGGGGAAGAUGUUCCAUUCGGCGACGUGGGAUCACAGUUUCGACUGGGGGAACAAGGACGUCGUUGUCUUAGGGAACGGAUGCUCUGCCACACAAUUCGUCCCCAUAAUGUCCGGCGAGGUUGGCGACAAGCCGAUGGUCCGUAAGAUCAAUCAAUUCGCCCGCCAAGCGCAGUAUCUCUCCGAACGCGAGAACCCCUACUACACACCUACCUUCAAAGCGGUUAUGCGUUAUGUUCCGUUAGCUAUGCGCCUCUACCGGGCAAAGCACUAUCACGACAUGGAAUCCGACUGGUCUGGCUUUCCCAUCGACAGUGGCGCCGCGAUUCGCUCUGGUUUGGCGAAAGAGAACGAAGCUUAUGUGAAGCGCAUGGCACCGAAGAAGUAUUGGGACGCUCUGAUACCCAAGGCCGAGAUUGGGUGCAAAAGAAAGGUGCUCGAUACUGAGUAUCUGAAGUGUCUGUGGAGAGAUAACGUCGAUUUGAUACCAGACGAUCCGGUGCAGAAGAUUACAGAGAAGGGCGUUGUGACGAGAUCUGGGCGCGAGAUCAAGGCGGAUGCGAUUGUGCUGGCGAUUGGGUUCGCGACACAACAGAUGCUGUGUCCGAUGGAGAUCACCGGGCGCGAUGGGCUAAGGUUGAACGACUAUUGGGACAAGAGAACUCAAGGCGUAGCUCAAGCCUACUUCGGCACCGUCAUCCCUCACUUCCCCAACUUCUUCGUCCUCAUGGGCCCCAACACCGUAACCGGGCACCUGAGCGUCAUCUACACUGUCGAGUGCCAGAUCAACUUCACCCUUCGCUUACUCGCUCCCAUCCUUAAAUCCCUCCCGUCCUAUCGCUCGCGCUCACUCAUCCCCUCCCUCUCCGCGGCCCCAACAACAGUCGAGGUCCUCCCUUCAGCUGCCGCCCUCGAUUUCGAAUGGACGCAGCGCGAAGCCAAGAAGCUCGUCUGGGCGUCCGGAUGCACGAAUUGGGCCAUUGAUCCCAAGACGGGGCUGAACAACAUGAUGUAUCCUGAUUGGCAGUUUAUGUUUUGGUGGAGGAGCGUGUUUUGGCAAAAGCAGGAUUUCGUGUUCAAGGAUGAGAAGGCGAGAGAGGUGCAGCCGGGGAGAGCGAGGAAGUGGCUUCUCAGAGUUCUGACGGCGGGUGCGUUGGUCGGCGUGUUCGUCGGGAAGGACUGGUUGAGAGAGGAGCUACCGAGGCAAUUGAGGGAUUUUGAUGCGAGGGAGUUGGUGAGGAGUUUGACUGCUGGGAGAGUGUAAGAGUAGCGAAACACAAGACAGCUCGUGUCAAAAGAUGGUACCAAGCAUUGGAACUAGCUCAUUGAGUAUUGUAGAUUUGAAGUUUUCUUAUGAAUGAUGAGGAGGUUGGGUAC